AGACCUUACAUCUCCACGGCACCGAGUAAAUUUACUAUUUAUAUCAAGAUAUCACAGGUUGCGCUGCGAAAUAAUUCUUACAUAUCAUCAAACCUGGAAUAAUUAGUAUAAGUAAAGUAUUCAACAAUGGCUCCCUUAUACAAAAAAGCCCUCAUUAUCGGCGCCACAUCCGGCAUUGGCGAGGCCCUCGCCUCUAGGUUCCACGCCGAGGGCACAUCUGUCAUCGUCACGGGCCGGCGCCGCGAAGCUCUCGAUGCCUUCGUCGCAAAGCACCCUGGCUCCAUUGCCACGACUCUAGACGUCACUAAGCUCGACUCCAUCGCAACCUUCGCCGCGGAAAUCACCAAAAAGCACCCAGAUCUCGACGCCGUGAUCCUAAACGCGGGGAUCCAGCGCCCGCUAUUCUUCGACAGGCCCAACGGCGUCGACCUCAACAUCUUCAACGAGGAACUCACCACUAAUUACGUGAGCUUCGUGCACCUGACCGCAGCACUCCUACCGCACUUCCAGAAACUAAGUAAGGAAGAAGACAAGGACACGAGUCUAGUCUACGUGAGCUCAACACUAGGCCUGCUCCCAACUCUAGUGCGCGCGCCGGGGUACUGCGCCACCAAAGCGGCGCUCCACAGCUUCGUGAUGACGCUACGACAGCAGCUCGAGGACGGGGGGUAUCCCCGGGUUAAAAUCGUGGAGGUGUUCCCGCCGGCCGUGCAGACGGAGCUGCAUGAUACGAAGCAUCAGCCGGACCUGGUUAACGGAGGGGAGAUCGGGAUGCCGCUUGCGGAAUUUAUUGACCGGAUGUGCGAGGGCUUGAGGAGGGGCGAUGAGCAGUUUGCGGUUGGCCAUGGGGAGCCGUGGCUUAAGGAUGGGGGGUUUGAGAAUACCCGUGUGACGAUGUUUAAGCAGGGGCAGAAGGGGAUUAAGGAGGCGUUGAAGAGGUUUGUGAAGGGGUGAGUAAAAGUUGGGUACAUAGUAGUUUAGUUUUAGGAUAAGAAUUAUCAAGUUCCCAGACAAGCAAGAAA